AUGAGAUCAUCGGCGAGCACUCGACCAAUUCCUGUUCUCCUUACUUUUCAUCUUCACCGGAUUUGGAUUUUCGUGUUCGUUUGGAAAUUGGACAGAAAUACGGCAACGUUGAAAGAAAUUCACCCGCUCGAAAGAGGGGUGAAGAACUACACCAACGUGCAGCCAAAGUAACUCGCAAAGUAACGACGAGCAACUCUGGCACGAGUCAUUUACUCAGAUUCAAGAGAGAGGAUCGACGAGACGACAGACGACGAAGCUGGGCGACGAAGACGACGUCCACGACGACGACGUUAGAAACACACGGGUGGCGUCUCUCACGCACGCAGAAACGCAAACCGGAGCACAUGGGAGUCCGCCGCUUCUCGGAACCUGUCCACCCACCCCGUCGGCGGCACAAACGCACAGGAUUCCCACGGAACCUCCCCGGAACCUGGUUUCUACUACUAGGCCCACCGUGAUGAAGUGCGCCGAGAAGGAGAGGACGAACUGA